CAAUAAUCCUUUCCGCAAGUGUAUUACAUACUAUUUUUUCUACGAAAGUUCUCGAAUUUAAAGAUUAAGAGAAAAAUUUUAUAUCAAAAUGUUAAAACAACAAUUUCUGUAUAAAUCAAGUCGUAGUACGAUUCUCGUGUUUAUCUGUAAAAAUAUAAAAUCAAGUCUUCGUGACGCCGCUACGUUGUCUUAGUUACCAACGAGUUGUUUAUAAAAAAGCCGGUUAGUAAUUUUGCAUGUAGUUUUGUACGAAGCAAUUUCUUCAGUAAAACAAGAAUUUAAAAGCUGAAAAUGAGUGUUCAUGAAGAAAGUGAGAGCGGCGAUGAAUUUAUGUGCACUCCGCCUGAGGUUGCUGCAAUGGCGGAAUCAAUUAUGCCUGAGCUUUUGCCUGAAAAAUCGAGAAAUCGGUACGAAAAAGAACGAGAGAGGUUUUUUAAUUGGUGUAAAAUGAAACAAGUCAAGCGGUAUACAGAAACCGUGUUGCUUGCCUAUUUUGUCGAAAAAUCUGGAAAAUUGAAAUCAUCGACACUGUGGUCAAUGUAUUCCAUGUUGAAAAGUAUGUUGAUUUUGCAAGACAACGUCGACAUUUCCAAGUAUGCCAAGUUACAAUCGUUUUUGAAACGUAAAUCUGUUGGUCACAAGCCGAAAAAAUCGCUGACUUUUACGAGACAACAAAUCAGAACGUUUUUAGAGGAAGCACCCGAUGAAACAUUUUUAAUGAUGAAAGUUGCUCUAAUAUUAGGAGUUGCUGGGGCUUGUCGUCGAGAGGAGUUGACGAAAAUGACGGUGAACGAUAUCCAAGGCGAAGAUACGUUUUUACUCGUAACGAUUCCAGACUCCAAAACGCAUGUUCCAAGAACUUUUUCUGUUACGGAGGGAAAAGAGAAUUGGAUACACUUGUACCAGAAAUAUAAAGCGCUUCGUCCUCAAAAUGCUCAAACUUCGCGACUUUUUUUAAAUUAUAAAAUGGGAAAAUGUACCGUACAACCUGUGGGUAUUAAUACAUUUGGAGCAAUUCCUAAGAAAAUUGCGAGUUACCUGAAAUUGCCAAAUGCUUCUAGUUUUACGAGUCAUUGUUUUCGGCGUACCUCCGCAACGCUACUUGCUAAUGCUGGAGCAGACCUUUUGAGUCUUAAACGUCAUGGGGGCUGGCGGUCGUCGACGGUAGCGGAAGGAUACGUAGAUGGUUCUCUUCAAGGCAAAUUAGAAGCUGUAACGCAAUUAAAAGGGAUGCUGAUGGCGGGGGUGUAUAGGCGUCGCGAUGGACUUACGGCGCCGUUACUGCAGUAUAUAACAGUACGCCACUUCAUUAAGCGAGUAGAAGGGUUGGCCGGAAGUGUCAAGUGCACGCGCACUUCCGGCGACCAUCUGGCAGACCAUCUAUCAAUCAACCCUUCAGUUAAUCCGAAAUAUAUGGAACAAGAGGCUGCAGCGGUUCGCACGUCCCGUAUACAAUCGACGAUUAGUAUAAAAGAGUCAAGUAUGAUCUGA